AUGGACUUGCCCGGGGCCGUCCGCUCCCUGUCCCUCCUCCUUCCGAUUCUCUUGGCCGCCGCCAUCACCGGGGCUGCCGCGGCGCCGGCACCACCUUCGCCGUUCCGGACGGUGUACGCGUUCGGCGACUCGUUCACGGACACGGGCAACACGCACUCAACGACCGGCCCCUACUCCUUCGGCUACGUCUCCCACGCGCCGUACGGCGCCACCUUCUUCCACCGCUCCACCAACCGCUACUCCGACGGCCGCCUCGUCGUCGACUUCCUCGCCGCCGACGCCCUCCGCCUCCCCUCCUUCAUCCCGCCCUACCUCUCCACCCUCUCCUCCAACUCCUCCUCCAGCUCCGUCGCCGCCACCAACAACCCCGGCGGGUCGGUCAACUUCGCGGUGGCCGGCGCGACGGCCAUCGAGCACGAGUGGUUCGUGAAGAACAACCUCAGCUUCGACAUCACGCCGCAGUCCAUCAUGACGGAGCUCGGCUGGUUCGACGCGCACCUCAAGGCGCGGCGGAGCGGCCCGAAGGACGUGGGCGAGGCGCUGUUCUGGGUGGGGGAGAUCGGGGCCAACGACUACGCCUACAGCUUCAUGGACGCCGCCACCAUCCCGCGCAAGCUCAUCCGGACCAUGGCCGUCGACAGGGUCACAACCUUCAUCGAGGGUCUGCUGAAGAGAGGGGCCAAGUACGUGGUCGUGCAGGGGCUGCCGCUCACGGGCUGCCUGACGAUGGCCAUGACGCUCGCCAAGCCGGACGACCGCGACGACCUCGGCUGCGCCGGCUCCGUGAACCGGCAGAGUCUCGCCCACAACCGCCUCCUCCAGGCCAGCCUCCGCCGGCUCCGCCGAGACCACCCGGGCGCCAUCAUCGCCUACGCCGACUACUACGCCGCGCACACCGCCGUCAUGAAGAGCCCGGCGCAGUACGGCUUCGCGGAGCCCUUCAAGGCCUGCUGCGGCAGCGGCGGCGGCGACUACAACUUCGACGUCUUCUCCACUUGCGGCUCCCCGGAGGUGCCGACGGCGUGCGCCCAGCCGGCCCGGUACGCCAACUGGGACGGGGUCCACAUGACGGAGGCCAUGUACAAGGUCGUCGCCGGCAUGUUCUUCCAAGACAACGCCGGGAAGUACUUCCGGCCGGCGUUCGGCUCCUUGCUGGCCAGGAAAGGCCACGGCAACUGA